AUGGAGGAUUCUAUUCCGGUAUCCACACCCUUAGAUAUUAACCAAAAGCUUAUAAAAGAAACACAUCAACAAAGCAAACACGAAACUGAUUACAUGAAAACCGUUCCAUAUCAAGAAGCUAUUGGAAGCAUUUUAUAUGCAUUACAAGUAUAUCGCCCAGAUUCAUCGUUUGCAGUGGGGGCUUCAUCAAGAUUUGAUAAUAAUCCUCUAAAAUCUCAUUGGAUAACGCUAGAAUACAUUCGAGACAAUGAAGGAUGUUUAGAAGGAUUUUCGGAUGCUGACUGGGCUAGUGACUCAGAUCACAGAAAAUCGACUACAGGUUAUCUCUUUAAAUACCAAAGAGGACUUAUUUCGUGGGAUGCAAAGAAACAACCUACUGUCGAACUCUCCAUUACAGAGGCUGAGUAUAUGGCCUUAGCCUCAACAUCUCAAGAAGCACUUUGGCUUCAAUCUUUAUUGCAAGAACUAAUUAAUUGGAAUCAAGAACUUAUAUUACAAUGCGAUAACAAGAGGCAAUAA